AUGGAUGAUGAAAUACAAGAAAUGAUGAAUGGCAAUUUAAAUGGUGGCGGGGAGAACGGAAAUGGAAGACCAAAGAGAAUUAUUAAACAAAUAGAUAGAUAUUCAAAUUUUCUUGUCAAUAAGAAUUUAGCUGAGACCGACGAUGACGACCAUGAUAACAGUAUGGAUAACGAUAUUGAAUUGACUGAUAGUGACAGCGACUGGGGUGAGAGUAGUGAUAAUGAUGAUAAUUAUUCCGAUAAGAAAAGUAAUAAUAAAUCAAAUAAAAACAAAAAUAACAAUAAUAAAAAAAAGAAUAAUAAUAAUAAUGAUAAUAUAACAACAGAUGAUGAAAUAGAUCAUGUAUCAGAGACUGACUUGGAAGCAACACCUACAAAGAAAAAGAAGAAACUAUCCCUAUCAACAAGUAAAAAGAUAAAGACAACAAUAACACCGAACAAAAGUAAAAGUAAAAGUACAACUACAACUACAAAGAGUAAUAAUAAUAAUAAUAAUAAUAAUAAUGGAAAUGUUAAAUUUUUUCAAAAGACAACAAAUAAUCAGCAAUCGCUUGUUCAUCCAAAGAAUGAUACUUCUAGUUGGACAUCGAAACCACUGAAGAGUGAAGGUAGUUUUUCCGGUAGCCUUAGUGGUGCUGGUGGUGAUCGUAAUUUUUCACCUUUCAACAAGACCGGUCCUACUUUUGCUACUAGUUCCAAGGCAAGAUUCGCAAACUUGAAAUCAAGUGUAGCUACUGGUGGUAAUCAGUCGAGUGGUGAUUUCUUCCAACAGUUUCUAUACAAGCCGAAACCAAAGGAAAUAGACUUGUUGGACGAUGAUCUUCCACCUCUAUCAAAAUCAAAUAUUUCAAUUGGCGAUUCCAAUCUAACGACAAACUCAACAUCACAACCAACAUCUGCAUCAACUUCACCGGUAUCAUCUACAAGUAAAGGAUUGAAAAAGAUAAACAUCGAUGAUAACAAUAACAAUCAUAAUCAUAGUAAUGGUAAUGGUAAAGACAAUACUAGUGAUAUAGUGGAUAUAGAAGAUAAUGAAAAUGAUGAUAUCAGUGGUUUCAAACUGCAGCUAGAUAAAGAUAAGAAUAAGAAGAAUAAAAGAGAACAGGUGGAAGAUGAUGAAGAGGAAGAGGACGAUGAACCACCCAUUGUCAAUAUGAAGAGAAUACACAGACAGUCGAGACCACUGUUUCCAACGCUACCUACCACUCCAACCAAGCGUGAGAGUCACCUUGCACAUCAGGUGGUGACAGUCGAUCUCAAUGAGAUAUUGAAUGCCGAUGACGAUGAAUCCACUGAAGACGAAUUGCCAUCUCUCAUUAAACUGAGAACGAGUGGUGCAUCUGGUUCUAUCAAUAUUGAUGAAGAUGACGAAUCAACUCAAGAUGAAAAGGAAGUAAAGAAAGAGGAAGAGGAGGAAGGAGAAGAAGAAGAGAAUGAAGUGGAAUCUUUGAUGAAAGGUUACGAUGUGGAUGAAGAUAGUGACGAGGAGACAUCACAGCUCGAUAAACUUAUUAAAGCUUGUGAGUUGUUCUCAAAGAGAAUGUUAGAGAUUCUCUCAAGUUUCCAAGAGAAUAAAGAGGAGAAUAAUAAUACAUCGACAGCAGCAACAGCAAUAACAGCACCAUCUUCUUCAACAACCAAUAGAAAACUUAUUACUCAACCAUCUAUUAUCAAGAGAACAAUGAGAUCAUAUCAAUUGAUUGGAUUGAACUGGAUGGGAAUUCUAUAUCAAGAGAAAAUAAGUGGAAUUCUAGCUGAUGAAAUGGGUCUUGGAAAGACAGUACAAUCGAUUUCAUUACUUGCACAUAUUUAUGAAAAGUAUAAGGAUACUGGUCCACAUUUAAUUAUUGUACCAGCAACAACCUAUAGUAAUUGGAAGAGAGAAUUGGAGAUGUGGUGUCCAACGUUAAAAGUUUACAGCUAUUAUGGAACGGCCAAAGAGAGAGAAAUGAUGAGAUAUGAAUUGAGAAGUAUGAAAGCUGGUGUCGAUUUUAAUAUCAUCAUUACAACCUAUAAUAUUUUAUUUUCACAAAUAGAUAGAGGAUUCUUAAAGAGAUAUAAUUAUACAUAUCAACUUUUAGAUGAAGCUCAAAAUAUUAAAAAUAGUGAUUCAAAGAGAUAUAAGAAUCUAUUUAAGAUCACUGUAACUAUCAAUAUACCAGAUAAUUUAUCAUUAUUAAAUCUAAUUAGAUUAAUGUUUAUUAAUAUUCAUAACUCUACAUAG